AGUGAAGGAUUUGCAUUUUAAUCAGCUUCUCAAACUCAUUUCCGUAAAUUAAAAUUUUUGAUACGAAUUUAUUUGCUUAUCGAUUUUGAAACCACCUAAUCGAACUAAAGUUGAACACUUCACUCUUAUUAUAUCACCGCCGGCUCACCACCACACAGCGCCGGUGAGACUCCCCGCUACCGCCUAUUCAAGCUUCAACAGUUUUUCUUUUGGGGUCUUUUUCAAUUUCCAAUUUUGUAAAAUAAAAAUUCGUGAUUCAGGAUUUGCUUGUAGUAUUGAGCAGCCAUGAAGUUGGACGUCGACGUUUUACGUUAUCUAUCGAAGGAUGAUUUCAGGGUUCUCACUGCCGUCGAGAUGGGCAUGAGGAAUCAUGAGAUUGUGCCUGCAGAACUCGUGGACCGCAUAGCUUCUCUCAAGCAUGGAGGCACUUAUAAGGUUUUGAAGAAUUUGCUCAGGCAUAAGCUUCUGCACCAUGACUCUUCCAAAUAUGAUGGGUUUCGGCUCACUUACCUUGGUUAUGAUUUUCUUGCGAUUAAGACCUUGGUCAAUCGUGGAGUGUUUACGGCUGUUGGCCGUCAACUUGGGGUUGGAAAAGAAUCUGAUAUCUUUGAGGUUGCACGUGAAGACGGUACUGUUUUGGCGAUGAAGUUGCACAGACUUGGCAGAACUUCAUUUAGGGCUGUCAAAUCUAAGCGUGAUUACUUGAGGCAUCGAAGUAGUUAUAACUGGCUCUAUUUGUCCCGCCUUGCUGCACUCAAGGAAUUUGCUUUUAUGAAGGCUUUGGAAGAACAUGGGUUCCCUGUUCCGAAUGCCGUGGACUGUAAUAGACAUUGUGUGAUAAUGUCACUUGUUCAAGGUUAUCCACUUGUACAAGUGAAGGAAUUGCAAAAUCCAGAAACAGUUUUCAACACUAUUCUUGGUAUUGUUGUUCGUUUGGCAGAACAUGGUCUCAUUCAUUGUGACUUUAAUGAAUUCAACAUUAUGAUUGAUGAUGAUGAGAAGAUAACAAUGAUUGAUUUUCCGCAAAUGGUGUCUGUAUCUCACCGGAAUGCACAGAUGUACUUCGACCGAGAUGUUGAAUGCAUCUUUAAGUUUUUCAGAAAGAGGUUCAACAUGUCUUUCCAAGAAACUGUAGAUGAUGCUGAUGGUUCUGACAUAGAUACGGAUGAAAGUAGUAGGCCCACCUUUUCUUCAAUAUGUAAAGCUUCUGGAUCUCUAGACAAGGAGCUUGCUGCCAGUGGGUUUACGAGAAAGGAUCAGGAUGACAUUGAGAAAUUCAUUGGAGGAGGUACUGAGAAGGAUAUAGGUUCUGAUGAUGAAGGAACUGAUGAUGGAAAGGAUACAGGUUCAGAUGGUGAAGGAACCGACAAUGAGCAUGCCUUUGAGUCUAAUGAAACAGAUGUCAAUGGUUUUGGUUCUUUACGCUUGGUGGAGAAGGAUGAGUCAACUUCAAAUUGCAAUAAGGAAGAUGAAAAGGUGGAGAUUCGACAAAACUCCGAAACAGGCCAAGAUAGUGGACCUCAAACUCAAGAAGAGAGUGACGAGGAGGAAGAUAAUGAUACCCUGAAUGAACAUGAUGCUGAACUCACAAAGAGGAUUGAAAAGCAGAGAAGACGUGCAGUAGCAGCAGCCCGUGGGGGACGAAAGUCUUUUUCCUCAAGAAAUUCAUACAAGGACAAAGGUGGAAAAUCCUCUCACAAUUCUAAAAUCCAGAAGCAAUUAAGCAACUGGUGAAAAAUAUGAAGGCAUAGAAACCUGCCAAUUUUUAUGGCAAUGGCAGUAAUACACAACUAAAGACUAAUGUUAAUUCACACAAGCUAUAGUUUACGAACCGCCAAAUGCGACAACAGGCAAGACAAUGCAGUGCUUCAUAGAAAUAGCUAGGUGAAGCUGGGGCUUUUAAUGUGCAUAAAGAUUCUAUUUUGGUAUUGUCUUUUCCGUCCUGAGUCAAAUACUGCAGCUUGCUACAAUUUUGAUGUGUUAUAGUCUAGAGAUAUAUCUAUUACAUAUUUAUCACAGCUCUUUCAGGGCAACGUGUAAGUUAGUUGACGUAAAGUUCAUG